UUCUGCAUAGCAUUUCACGCUGAUGCUGAAGACGACGAAGCAACUGUUGGCUACCGCGCCGCGGAGGGUGCCUGGUUCGACGCCGGUAGAGAUGAAGUGCCGCGGGCGAACCGCGGUACUUAUACUGUGCUUGGCGUUCGCCAUCUCCGACAUCGGAGUAGGCAGGCCAGAUGAAAGCACCAGAAGAGUCUCCACUCCACCAAGGAACAAAGACGAACAGAAAGGAGCUAGAGACACCCAGGUGAUAAUCGAACACAUCGACGGCAGAGGUGAACAGGCAAAUGCAUCAUACACACUGGUAGACUGGCCAGUGAAGCUGGGCAUCCUGGCUGCCGUUAUACUGUCCCUCAUCUUGUGCCUAGUCCUGCUGCGGUUACCGGAACCAGAGAGUGAGAUUGAGUACAGACGACUCCACUCCGUCAAAAGGAGCAGUAGUCCUACAGAGGGCCUCACAUUCGUGGACAUCUUUGACGAUGACUUCUCCCGCUCAGGACGAGAUCCCUGCGGAGAUGCGCACCGGUGUAGCCAGCUGGAGACCCACGUGCAGAACCAGGAGAGCAGGCUCGGUUCUGAUCAGGACAGUCCGGACAGCAGUUGUAGUGGCAUCAAGAAAUCAUCGAAAGCCAAGCAUAUUUCUCCAGAUACGGAUUUCGGCUCGGGCAGAGCAGUUGUUCACCACGCACAGUGUGCACAGCUAAAUCGCACGGAAAAGCAACACGAAGCUGGAUCUCGCGAAAUAACAAAUUGCCCUCAUCUUCUCCAACCAGAAGAAGUCCGGUUACAUCCUGGAAAGGGGCGUGGUCACCACACACCGCAUAGCACGAUUUUACAAGAGGAACAUCACGAAACGUUCGCCCACUGCACAAACACAUGCGUAGGCCCUUCUGUAAACGAUCGGUGCGUAGGUCGUCUGGCUACUUUCAGUCACCCUCCUAGAGGGAAUUUAACAGAGAACAGUGCUACGCGAACGACCGAGUCUCAACGUCAACAGCCAUGCCGUCAGCACACUGCAAGAAGCCCCGUAGUUAUCGCGGCUACAUCGUCAGCGUCAUCGAAGGACACGCUUCCGUCGGGACGCCCCGCACUUGGUGAGAGUGAAAAUUCAAAGACUGAAGACGAUACUCCAUCUCCCGGUGGAGCCUGUAAUGCUGACGCUACUGAAAAUACAAAGUCACAGGGAGGUCAGGGCAGCGCUGCAGUUAAGCAAACCGACCCAGCGAAAUGUCAUACUCCACACGACUCGAAGAAACGUGGACGUGUCCCAAUCGCUCACAAGUCACAACGAAAGAAGAGUUCAUCCCGUAAAAAUCGACCAAAGGGUACAAAACGCGACUGUCGUUUCUGGAGCGCAAGUGACAGAGGUAGCAGUGGGAGUGCUGAGCACGAUGGUAGAGCGGACGGGGUCCCGGGUAGUGAGUCGAUUUUGAAACGCCAGUCAUCGUCGGCAUUUUUUUCUAGCUCGGAAAGCGGCCCAGCUUACACGCCGUUUCUGCCGGAACCUAGUUCAUCCGGAGUGGCAGAAGCUGCGUCGAAACCUUCGCGUCGUAGAACACGACCUCGGUACAGAAGCACUGCUAUGCAGGAAUGGGUGCCGCCACACAAUGUUGAGAACAAGCCCUCAGGGACAAAGCAACAGUCUAGCGCUGGGACGGCGAAACCCGACGGGACGUUAUCUAGCGACAGACACGUUACACCUGGAGGUACAAGCGUCGAGGGAGGCAAAACGGUACGACAGGAAGCCUUCCUCCCGGCAAAUGCGCCUGGUUCAUUGCAAAGUACGAGCAACGACGGAUAUUCCUCCUCUUCAACAGCAGGCUCUACUCUUCUUGCUUUCCCAAAUCAUGCAGGACCGCCAGAAGGAAAGGCACCGGGAUUACCACCAGAGGUGUCGCAGAGCCCGAUCAAAGCUUCGAAGCCAACUUCUUCUGAUAGUGUAUUGAAACCAUUUGAUAUCGAAAAAGCGCGACCUCGCAGUCCUACAGAGCCCUUUAUCGUCGAACAUUUAUUGCAAGCUCUCGCAUCAAAACGUAAUAGCGCAUCAGACGUCAUGCAGAAAUACACGCCCAAUGAAAUGUCCGCGAAGAAUGAGAGAGAGAAGGGAGAGCAAAGUGUACCACGAGCGGCUCCUAGAGGGAGAUCCAGCCUCGCCACCGCUUUGGACAGGGCGGCUGACUGUCGUUCGAACAGCAUCAACUAUAAUCGAGACGACCGAAAUGGAAGUGGCAAGGCCGACCUUGAUGAUGAUCUUCGCAGAGCGCAGACCGCACGCACGAGCGAAACCAGUGCUAGACACGAUGCCGUCAAAGUUCAGGGUUUUUCUACUGAUGAAGAAUGUUCGACGGAGAACACAUCUAGAGACACGCAUGAAAGUCCUUUCUGUGGCGCUGACCAUUCGCCCCCGGACAGGAGACUCGUUGCAGUCGUAGAGCCAGAGGAGCCAUUCUGCUGGCCCAAAGACGACUCGUCGGAUGAUCAUGAGCAAACGGAGCAGCCUAAAGGACCACCGUCCUCGAGACUCGCAGAGGAUAACCCCAGGGCGACUAUAGAACAAACUAAUACAGAAGAUAGUUCACCGCAAAUGUCUGAAAGUCUCAUUGAAGACGUGAGCGUUCCUGUUGGCGUGGUACGACCGUUUACUGGGGUAAGGCAGCAUAUCUUACAAUCAAGAGAAACAAUGCUCUCCGCGGACAAAGGGAGCUCGCUCACAUCGGAACAUAGAAAUCUACCGCCUGCGCGCCACGCGGAAGAAACCCGAGAACAGCAUGUAUGUCAGCCCGAUAACAAACGCAGCAGUGGUCUUUCAUCGUCCAAGAUGAAAUCACCCCGGCGACCAAAGAUGAUUUCUGUACCUGAACUGCGUCGAACAUCGAAAUGGGAAGAUGGAAACGGCACUCUAUGUUGUAACACACGAGACGACAAACUCAUCAACCAACAUCAGCAUCGCCCCCACCACCAAGGAUUCAAUAGAGGAAAUGUGGACAAAAAGCCAGUUGGUCGCGAGCUGUGCGACAUUCGAAAUGUGCCUGUUGCAGCUCCAACGUCACUGAAAGCGACACCUCUUCAGGAUGCCCUUGACCUCUCUGCGCGAGAAGAUACUGCCGAGCGAGAAAGUAGUUCUUCGGGGCAUUCGUCUGGCUCCCCUGCGACAUCUUCAGGUACUCUCUCACGGCAGAUAAGACCGCCUAAAAAGCUAUUGAGACAUCAGCAAGAGAUCAACGAUCAGGCUAACACUAUUCCACAUGCUGACAUUCCUCCGAAAAGUAAACUUCCUCCCUUCCGUCGCUCAAGCAUUGAGCCUGCCCUCUCAAGGGACAAGCCAAGCACUGCGGAGUGCUCUGCGACUGCAAAACCAAAACAAGCAAAGCGACUAGGCCGUACAGAUUGCAAUAGCAGCCUCGGUACACUCGAUGGCCGCAGCUUCGCACGCUCAGUUGAGGAAUUUUCUAAAGAGGAAUUACGAACUAUUCCAAGAAGCGAGAAGCUGAAGAAAGAAGCUGAAGAAAGCGACACACUAAAUCUCGAACCUAGGUCGAACCCAAUCGCUCCUCUUGGCUCGCCAUGCGGUCCUACCGACAGCACUUCCCUGCAUGCUACGCCGCGACAAGGAUGCGUUGGUCGUUCGUCCCGACGGAACAGCGGUGCUGCGCCAGAUGCAAAAGCCCCGCAAGUUUUACCACCAGAAAGCACUCCACCAUGAACGCUUUCUCGCCCGAGCAGUACACGUAUCAAUUCACACCGUUUAGAGUCUUCACUUCCAACAGCAUCCGUAUAGGCAGUGCUGGUGUGGUAACGCCAGGAAGUGAUAUAAUGAUUGGCCUCUUCGGUGUGACGAAGAAUCGUCGUCCUCGGAUAAAAAGGAAACUAUAAAUGAAAGCUGUCUGAAUUCUAAGGGCAAGAUUAGCAUUCUUUGAAAUGAUCUGAAUUCUUACGUAGUUACAACAAUGGCUUUGUUGUUAGAUUUAAUAAAAAAAAUAUGUGUAAUUAACAGUGUGUAAUACAGCCUGGUGUCUAUCAUUAGCGAAUGCAACAAAUGUGAUGCAUAUUAGUGUAAGACCGCCUGAGCGUGACCCAAAGACGUGCCUAAAUUCUUCCCCAAAGUACGGAGUGAGGUACCGUAGCUCUGUUUCCUUUGGCGUGUUGAGUGGCCAUCUAUGGUACGCAUUAAAACGUCAUUGCUUGA